GUCUGUUUACUGAAGCCCUUAUUUCAAGUUUUUAUACAGAAAUUACAAUUUAAAAUGAUUGUAUAACAGUUAGUGAGUAAACAUAAGGACGGAAGGACGUGUUGGUUAGAUUACAUUUUAAGGUCACAGAAACCGGUUAUAAUUUCUCUUCUUAGUCCACAAUCAACAUCAUGGGUGCAAUAACAUACCACGUCCACUGUCGAAUAUUAGGCAGUGUAAUAGCCUUAUUACUGCACUCUGGCAACAGUUUGGCAAUGUUCCUCGCGAUGAGAGGUGAUAUACUCAAAGAUCCCGACAUAGCUAACCUGCAGGCCACUCAAUUCAAGUAUAUGACCAUAUGGAAUGUGGCCUUCCAAAUGAUUUAUUCAGUAAUAAAUUUAGUGUGUGAUAUACCUCUAGUACUGAAAGUCAAAGAAGAAUCUUCAAGUAUGGUGUAUUAUUUGAAAUAUCUAAGGAAAUAUAGAAAAAUAUUUUUCGGGGCAGUCAUCUUUCCCACUGGUGUGGCGGUUUUUAUAGUAUUCUGGCCAUUCUACCUCUACAACAGAGAGCUGAUCUUCCCUGCAUUCAUAGAUAAGGCUUUAAGCCAUACAUCUAAUCAGAUCAUGCACACUGCUAUCCUUCCUAUUACGCUAUGGGAACUACUUUUCCUGCCGAGAACCAAGCCUAGCUCUCACGUAUUAUAUCUUGGUCAUAUGGCUGCGAUAUACAUUUCUUACUUAAUAGUAUUAUUCGCCAACUACGCCGAACGACGAACAUGGCCAUAUCCCAUAUUCAGCCAAAUCUAUGGAACCAUAUACUUCCCUCUGAUCAUAUUAGCGUUAGGUGUUUUAUACAUACUGCUAUAUUUAAUACAAUGGCCAUUAACAUCCUUGAUAUACAAUACGAAUUCUUGUGCAAAAACUAAAAAGAUAAGAUGAAUCGUU